ACUUCAGUGGCGGUCAUUUUUGCAGCGCUUGGGUGCAUCCAGACCGUCAGAGCUUUGGGAGCGCUUUGUUUGGCGAGAGUCGGAAGGCGCGAGGGGAGGGGUCCUCCCACUGAACAGUGGGGGGUCUAAGGGUCGGCGGCGGCGGGGUUGACGGCUUUGCCUAGGUCCCCUCGCCCGUAGCUGUCGGGUCCCGGCCCCGCUCUGCCCACAGACUCCGAUGGCUGCGGCCGCGCUGAGGGCCCCGACUCAGGGCUGUGUGAACUUUGAGGACAUCGCCAUUUACUUCUCACAGGACGAGUGGGGACUUCUUGAUGAGGCUCAGAGACUCCUGUACCUUGAAGUGAUGCUGGAGAACUUUGCCCUUGUAGCCUCACUGGGUUGUGGCCAUGGAACAGAGGAUGAAGAGACACCUUCUGACCAGAAUGUUUCUGUAGGAGUGUCACAGUCAAAGGCAGGUUCAUCCACACAGAAGACUCAAUCCUGUGAGAUGUGUGUCCCAGUCCUGAAAGAUAUUCUGCAUCUAGCUGAUCUCCCUGGGCAGAAACCAUACUUGGUUGGAGAAUGUACAAACCAUCACCAGCACCAGAAGCAUCACAGUGCAAAGAAAUCCUUGAAGAGGGACAUGGACAGAGCCUCAUAUGUGAAGUGCUGCCUAUUCCGUAUGUCAUUGAAGCCCUUUCGCAAAUGGGAGGUUGGAAAGGACCUCCCAGCCACGUUGGGGCUUCUGAAGUCCCUGGUCUUUCCUGGAGGCAAGAAACCCAGCACAAUUACUGAAUGUGGGGAGGACAUUCGCAGUCAAAAAAGUCAUUACGAGUCAGAUGAAUGUGGGAAGGCGUCCAGACAUAAACACACUCCUGUUCACCAUCCAAGAGUCUACACUGGAAAAAAGCUUUAUGAGUGUAGCAAAUGUGGGAAAGCCUUCCGUGGCAAGUACUCACUUGUUCAGCACCAGAGAGUCCAUACUGGAGAAAGGCCUUGGGAGUGCAAUGAAUGUGGAAAAUUCUUUAGCCAAACCUCCCACCUGAAUGACCAUCGGAGAAUCCACACCGGAGAAAGGCCUUAUGAGUGCAGCGAAUGUGGAAAAUUAUUUAGACAAAACUCCAGCCUUGUUGACCACCAGAAAAUACACACUGGAGCAAGGCCUUAUGAGUGUAGCCAGUGUGGGAAAUCCUUUAGCCAAAAAGCCACCCUUGUUAAACACCAAAGAGUUCACACUGGAGAAAGGCCUUAUAAGUGUGGUGAAUGUGGGAAUUCCUUUAGUCAAAGUGCCAUUCUUAAUCAACACCGAAGAAUUCACACUGGUGCAAAGCCUUAUGAGUGUGGCCAGUGUGGGAAAUCCUUUAGUCAAAAAGCUACCCUCAUUAAACACCAGAGAGUUCACACUGGAGAAAGGCCUUAUAAGUGUGGUGACUGUGGGAAAUCCUUUAGUCAAAGCUCCAUCCUUAUUCAACACCGGAGAAUUCAUACUGGAGCAAGGCCUUAUGAGUGUGGCCAGUGUGGAAAGUCCUUUAGCCAAAAGUCUGGCCUCAUUCAACACCAAGUGGUUCACACUGGAGAAAGGCCUUAUGAGUGUGACAAAUGUGGGAAUUCCUUUAGCCAAUGCUCCAGCCUCAUACAUCACCAAAAAUGUCAUAACACAUAGAGGCCUCAUGAAUGCAGCAAAUGUGGAAGCGCCUUCAACUCAAGAUCUAUCAUCAUUUAGCUCCUGAAAGUCCACACUUAAGUAGAGCCUUAGACCUACAGGGAAUGUGCUGUCUGUAGUAUUGUAGCAGUUGAGAACCUUUGUGAGGGAGCCAUCUGCCUGAAGUUGAACCUCAUUCUUCCUUGUUACUCUGGUAGAAACCAUCUAUCCUCUACCACCUUGAACAGUGGGCAUUGGUCACCCCUAUGUGCUAAGACAAGGCAGACAUCUGUGUGUUCUCUUAAGUCUUUGGAGGAAAUCUUGAGCAAUCUAAGCCUUUAGAGAAAAUUCAUUCUUUUUUCUGACUGAUCACAGCAUACAUGUGACCCAGUUUUGGUCAGGAGGGCCCAGCCUUGGUUCUGCUGGAUACUAAUGUGCAGGGAUUCCCUUCAUGUAAAUUCUUGGUCUCAUAUGACACUUGGUCAUUCUUCCAGCCUCCAAGUCACCACGUGGUGAAUGGCUGCCUCACAUUGCUCCAGUUUGUGCACUAAUAAAAGCCUUAUAUUUGAAUCUA